AUGGAAGCUUUCUUCGACAAACUACAGGCUGAGCAGAAAAAGAGCGGGGUAAGACAAUUUGCCCACGCUUUGAAGUCCGGUGACAAAGAAGACCAAGAACUGGCUGGCAUCGUGAGUCGACUCUCGAAUGCAAGGCAGGAGCUCAGUCUGAGAGUGUCGGUUGUGAAUGUUGGCUUGACUGGAAAUGUGAACGAUGGAUUCCAAGUGGCCCAACAGGUGUUGAUAGAGACCAACGAGAACGUGAGAAAAGUACUAGGAAUACAGCUUAUGCUUGCUGAGAGGCUCCAAGAAAGACAAUUGAUCAACACAUCUCAAGAAAUGAUCCAGCUUGAUGGGCCGGACGUCGUGGCCCUUGGCCUCUAUCCCGACACAUCAAAUGACAGUCAGCACGCUGAUGUUGACGAUCAAAACCUCAAUUGGCAGAGAAAUGAGACAGGCGAUGCGCCACGGCUGUUCGCGGGUAAUAUGGGACUUGAAGAUUCCAACAGCGCAGACUCAGUCAAAGGGACAGUCAAAGACAGCAAAUUUGGAAAGGAUUCUAGAUUCAUGUUUGGUCAUGUUGGUGGACAAAGUUCUCAAAGCUUCAACGAGAACUUUUGGAAAUCCAAAGAAUAAAGUUCCAACUCGGAAGCUAGUUCUGGCUACGUUGGUACUUCGAGAUCUCAAACCCGUUGGUUUUUUGUGUGCACAGUUUACCAAGCGGGGGCUAGCUCAGUUUGUGGGUCGACCUGUCUCGUUCGGGAAAUAUAAAC